UCUAGGGUUUGGCUUUCAUCUUUUCUUUUCGUCGUUGCUGUUCGGCUUCGUUGCUUUGGAGCAGGUGUAGAGAUUGUGCGCGUCGCCACUUCGGCUCUGUUCGACUUCGCUCCUUCGACGACUUUCCCUUCCUGUCUGGUCGGAAGUUACGACAUUUUGAUCGGAAGCAACAACGGGAGCUUGCUGGCUGUGAAGGUUCUCCAUUUCGCGCGCUUCUUCGGCGACUGUUGAGCUUCGGCGACACGGGCGCCGCGGAUCUGUUUAUGAGAAGUGAUCUUAAAGGUUGAUAUUCAAGUUCAAAAGAAAAGAUAUUGAUAUUCUGUGAUUUAUUGGAGUUUCCGUGGAGAAAUGGGAGAAUUGAAAGUCGACAAGCAUGUACAAUACAUUCUCUCGGUUGAAAAGAAAAAGGACAGUUUUGAGGCUUUGGUAAUGGAGCAUCUGAGGAUGAAUGGUGCAUAUUGGGGUUUGACCACUCUAGAUCUUCUUCAGAAUGUUGCAUCAGUUGAUCAAGAAGAGGUUAUCUCAUGGUUGAUGUCAUGCUGGGACAGAGAAAGUGGAGGUUUUGCUGGAACUAUUGGGCUUGAUCCUCAUCUUCUAUAUACGCUUAGUGCUGUUCAAAUUUUAGCCCUUCUUAAUAGGUUUGAUGUUCUGGACAUAGAGAUGAUCUCUGAAUAUGUUGCUGGGCUACAGAACGAAGAUGGAUCAUUUUCUGGUGAUAUGUGGGGUGAAAUUGAUACCAGGUUUUCUUACUGUGCAAUUUUUUGUCUCUCGAUUUUGCACUGUCUGGACAAAAUCAAUGUGGGGAAGGCUGUGAACUAUAUCUUAAGCUGCAAAAAUUUGGAUGGUGGAUUUGGAGCAACACCUGGCGGGGAAUCUCAUGCUGGCCAAAUCUUCUGCUGUGUGGGUGCCCUUUCUAUAACAGGUUCCCUACACCAUGUUGAUAGGGAUCUUCUUGGUUGGUGGCUAUGCGAGCGACAAUGCCCGGAUGGCGGCUUGAAUGGACGUCCAGAGAAGCUCGCUGAUGUCUGCUAUUCUUGGUGGGUGCUUUCAAGCUUGAUCAUGAUUGAUCGUGUGCAUUGGAUUGACAAAAGUAAACUUACCGAGUACAUUUUAAAUUGCCAGGACAGUGAAAAUGGGGGAAUUUCUGACAGGCCAGAUAACGCUGUUGAUGUUUUCCAUACCUACUUUGGAGUUGCUGGUCUUUCGCUCAUGGAGUAUCCAGGAUUGAAGCCUAUUGACCCGGCCUAUGCACUGCCCAUUGAUGUCGUGAAUAGGAUCUUCUUUAGCAAGUUUUGAUUUGUUAGACUGGUUGCUGAAAAGCUGUGGAUUCAAUCGUGGACUGGAAAUCGCCAUUUGUAGAUGAUUUAUUCUAACAAUACAUUGAUCAAAAGAUAAUAUUAUUUUUUUUAUCCCUUUAUGUAAAGUUUAAUUAUUAAUUAUAUUA